AUGGAGCUCGCGGAGGCCGCCAGGGACGAAGCCGCCUUCGCCAUGAGCGUUCUCCGCCAUCUCGCCUGCGGGGGCGGCGACGCCAGCCUCGCCGUCUCCCCGCUCUCCAUCCACGCCGCGCUGGCGCUGCUGGGCGCGGGAGCCAAGGGCGACACGCUCGACCAGAUCGUCGCCUUCCUCGGCCCCGCCGGCGGCCGCGCCCACGCGACGCUCGCGUCGCACGUCGCGCUGCACGUCCUCUCCGACAGCGCCGGCGACGACGGAGGGCCCACGGUGCGCUUCGCCAACGGCGUGUGGGUCGACGCCGCGCUGCGCCUCAGGGCCGGCUACGCCGCCGUCGUCUCCCAGCGCUACCGCUCCCAGGCGCGCCCGGCGUCCUUCAAAGCCAUGCCCGAGGAAGCGAGAGCCGAGAUCAACCAAUGGUUCGAGAGCGUGACGGCGGGCCGGAUCACGGAGCUCCUGCCGCGAGGCUGCAUCGACAGCGACACGCUGGCCGUCCUCGGGAACGCGAUCUACUUCAAGGGCGCCUGGCGCAGCAAGUUCGACCCCCGGAACACGCGGGACGACACCUUCUACCUGCACGCCUUCGGCCACCACGUCCGCGCGCCCUUCAUGUCGACCGGCGAGCCGCAGUACAUCGCCUGCCGCUCCGGCUACAAGGUGCUCAGGCUCCCGUACGCGCUCGGCCGCGGCCGCGACCACGGCGGCGAGAGCCGGCGGUGCUUCUCCAUGUACAUCUACCUCCCGAACGAGCGCCAUGGCCUGCAGGCGCUGCUGCAGAUGCUGGGGUCCUCCCCGGCGCUGCUCGAGGACUGCUGGAGCCUGAUGACCGAGGUCCCCGUGGGCGCCUUCAAGGUGCCCAAGUUCACCGUGUCGUGCAAGACGGACGCGACGGAGCUGCUGAAAGACCUCGGCCUGCGCAUGCCGUUCGACCCCCGCGCCGACUUCUCGGAUAUGCUGGACCCGGCGGCGCCGCUCGUCGUGUCGGCCGUCCUCCACCAGGCCUUCGUCGAGGUGAACGAGGAAGGGACCGAGGCUGCCGCGGCCACCGCCGUCGUCGGAGGCUUCACCUGCCAGGCGCCGAUGAGGACGCCGGUUCAGGUCGUGGACUUCGUCGCCGACCACCCGUUCAUGUUCUUGAUCAAGGAGGACCUCACUGGCGUGGUGGUCUUCGCGGGGCAAGUCGUCAAUCCUUUGCUUUCGUAG